AUGCAAAACUUGGUAUGGGUAGACGACCUGGAAUAUCACAGGGAAGAUGAGCCAUGUGCCGGGUUCGAACAGAUCAAGGCAAGCACAUUGCAUGGUAGGGUUGAUCUCUGCUGCUCGUCCCGUCGUUCCAGUAUCGCCAUCAAACCCCAUUUUCUCCUAGCAAGCACGAGUGAUAUCAGACCCAGAGACACGCCUGGAUUGAACUUGCACCCAGCUGUCCACGGAGAACACCAGAAUGUCUCCCCUAACUCCGAACAGCGAACACCAUCCUUCUCCCGCAUCGCCAACUUCCGCGAUGUCGCCAUCUCCACAGGCAAGACUCCAUCACAAGCCCUCCUCAAACCCGGCUUCCUCUUCCGCAGCGCCGCUCCAGACGACGCCACUCCGUCCGACCAACGCCGUCUAACAGAUGACUUCCACAUCAAAACCAUUAUCGACCUCCGCACAGACUCCGAGCACGCCGCCCUCCUCGCCAAAGAAAAGAAGUCCCCUUUUCCACCCGCCGACGUUCCCGACUUCGACAUCCCCUCCGAUGGUCCCUCCAGCACUCCACCUCCCUCUGGCAGCAACAAUGGACACAAGAUCCCCGGCAUCAAAUAUGUAAAUGUAAACUUCAACGGCAAAACCUACUCCUCCGCCAUGUUCUCCCGCCUAUCCUACUACCACCGCGCAAAACUCAUCGCGUUAUACAUAACCGGCUACCGCCCUCAAGCAAUCAGCAUCAUCGGCAAGAACGUCAUGUCUCAACGCGGACUCAUCGGGUUGGCAAAAGAUAGUCUUGCUCACUGCCGAGCUGAAAUUGCGCAAGUCUUUGAGGUGUUGAGUGAGGAGGGAAACUGGCCGGUUUUGGUGCAUUGUACGCAGGGGAAGGAUCGGACGGGGUUGGUUGUUUUGUUGGUGGCGUUGUUGGUGGGUGUGGGGAUGGAGGAUGUGAAGAGGGAUUAUUUGUUGAGUCGGGAGGGGUUGGAGGGGGAUCGGGAGGAGAGGGUGAAGGCUGUGAGGGAGAUGGGGUUGACGGAUGAGUUUGCCGGGUGUGAGGAGGGGUUAGUAGAGGAAGUUGUAACGGAGUUGAAGGAGAGAUAUGGCGGUGUGGAGAAGUAUUUGGAGGGAUGUGGGGUGAUGAGGGAGAAGCAGAGAAAGGUUAAGGAGAUUUUGGCGGCGUGA